AUGUCUCAGGAAGAGCAAGUUAAGGGCGUCAACGAUGCGAUCGCCAAUCUUCAUUUGGACGAAACCACCGGUGAAAUGGUGUCCAAAUCCGAAUUGAAGAAGCGUAUCAAGCAGAGACAGACUGACGCUAAAAAGGCGGCCAAAAAGGCUUCUGCACAACCUAAACCAGAGGCUAAGAAGAAAGCCAACGACGCUUUUGCUGAUUUGGACCCUUCGCAGUACUUUGAAGCUAGAUCUCGUCAAAUCCAAGAAUUGAAGAAGACCAAGUCUCCAAACCCAUACCCUCACAAAUUCCACGUUUCCACUGCUUUGCCAGCGUUUUUGGAAAAAUACUCACAUUUGCAGAGGGGUGAGACUUUGCCUGAGGAAAAAGUGUCACUUGCAGGUAGAGUUCACACCAAGAGAGAAUCCGGUUCGAAAUUGAAGUUUUACGUUUUGCACGGCGAUGGUGUCGAAGUGCAGUUGAUGUCUCAAGUGCAAGACUACGGCGAUGAGUCCGCUUACGAAGCUGAUCACGAUCUCAUCAAGAGAGGUGACAUCAUUGGUGUCGAAGGUUACGUGGGUAGAACUCAGCCCAAAAAGGGUGGUGAAGGUGAAAUUUCCGUCUUCGUCUCCCGCAUCCAGUUGUUGACUCCUUGUCUGCACAUUCUUCCCGCCGAUCAUUUCGGUUUCAAGGACCAGGAAACCAGAUACAGAAAGCGUUACUUGGACUUGAUCAUGAACAAGAAUGCCAAACCUCGUUUUAUCACUCGUUCUAAGAUAAUUUCUUUCAUCAGAAGGUUCUUGGAUGAGAGAAGCUUUAUCGAAGUUGAAACCCCAAUGAUGAACGUCAUCGCUGGUGGUGCUACUGCCAAACCUUUCGUCACUCACCACAACGACUUGAACAUGGACAUGUUUAUGAGAAUCGCUCCAGAAUUGUUUUUGAAAGAGCUUGUUGUUGGUGGUAUGGACAGAGUGUACGAAAUCGGCAGACAAUUCAGAAACGAAGGUAUUGAUAUGACCCACAACCCAGAGUUCACUACAUGUGAGUUUUAUCAGGCAUACGCCGAUGCCUAUGAUCUGAUGGACACCACUGAAAUGAUGAUCUCUGAAAUGGUGAAAGAAAUCACCGGCUCCUACGUCAUUAAGUAUCACCCAGACCCUCAAGACCCAUCCAAGGAGCUAGAAUUGAACUUUACCAGACCAUGGAAAAGAAUUAAUAUGAUAGAAGAAUUGGAAUCCAGAUUGAACGUCAAGUUCCCACCCGGUGACCAAUUGCAUACCGCUGAAACUGGUGAAUUUUUUAAGAGAGUCUUGAAGGAAAACAAACUAGAAUGUGCUCCACCAUUGACAAACGCCCGUAUGUUGGACAAGCUUGUCGGUGAACUAGAAGACACCUGCAUCAACCCAACAUUCAUCUUCGGUCAUCCUCAAAUGAUGUCCCCAUUGGCUAAGUACUCUAGAGACAAGCCAGGUUUGUGUGAGCGUUUCGAAGUCUUUGUUGCCACUAAGGAAAUUUGCAACGCUUAUACCGAAUUGAACGAUCCUUUCGACCAAAGAAACCGUUUUGAAGAGCAGGCCAGACAAAAGGACCAAGGUGACGACGAAGUUCAGCUAAUUGACGAAACAUUCUGUAAUGCCUUAGAAUACGGUCUCCCACCUACUGGUGGUUGGGGUUGUGGUAUCGACAGACUCGCCAUGUUUUUGACUGACUCGAACACUAUUAGAGAAGUGCUACUAUUCCCAACUUUGAAGCCUGACGUUCAAAGGGAAGUUGAAGAUGAAAAGACCAACUAA